GUUCUGGUGUCACUUGCGGUUGAACACCUCGACGCAAUGCUGAAAUGGACUGAAGUUGCAAUGGGUUGAGGAGAAGUGGAUUUACUGGGAUGCUAAGAUCCGUGUGCAAGAGUUGUUUCUGAGAGAUGCCUUUGUUUAUAGUGGAGACAAGCUGCAGCCUGAUUAGCUGGCUCUUUCUGUACCUGUUGCUGUGUCACUUGAACAGUGGGAGGGACUCUGAGUGGAACUGCAGGCUGGUCACUCUGUUUCAUGGCAUCCUGAUUAUCUGUCUGACUGCUUACAUUGGCUUUAUUGCUGGGCCAUGGCCUUUCACACACCCAGGCACAGAAAACACAUACUUCCAAAUCCUGACUCUAGUUCUCAGCUUGGGAUACUUCCUCUUCGACAUGGCCUGGUGUGUGUAUUUCCGUACAGAGGGUCCGGUGAUGUUGGCCCACCACACCAUGAGCAUCUUUGGAAUCCUGCUGGCACUGGGACUGGGUGAGUCAGGCAUCGAGACCUGCGCCGUCCUCUUUGGCAGUGAGAUCACCAACCCACUCCUGCAGGCGCGCUGGUUCCUCAAGCGCAUGGGAUGCUAUGACAGUUUAGCUGGAGAUGUGGUGGACCUACUCUUCAUUCUUCUAUUUGCCUCUGUGAGGAUCGGCGUUGGAAGCAGAAUGCUGUACUGCGAAUUAACAUCUCCAAAGCCAUCGCUAAUUGUCAAAGUUGGUGGGGUGGCCAUUUACACUCUCUCAUGGAUCUUCAUGGUAGACAUUGCACGGUUUGCUUGCAGGAAAACUUGUGGUAAAUACAGGCGAUGGAAGGAACAGUACAAGCUGGAUGGUGUUAACGGACAUGCUGUUAAAAUAAAAUAAGCCAUUCUGUGCAUUUGAGUUGAAAAUAAUUUGCAUAUGCUUCUGUGUGUAUCUAGACUCUUUGCAAUUGAACAGGAUUUGUAUACCUUUAUUGCAUUUCCAGAACUUUUUACUGCAUAUGAAUAUUUAUAUAGUUAGCAGUUUAUAUUCAAUAACAACUAUCUCAAAAAGAUUUUCCAUUAUAAAUAAAUGUUUCAUUCAUUAUUCA